GAUUUUAAUUUUACUUGGUCUCCUCCCUAGAAUCCUGGCAACUGGUGUGCAUUGUUUCUCUUAGAGGAGGAACCCUUGCUUGCCUGGGUUGCUAAGGAGAUGGGACGCUGUAACUUGCUGAGCAGUUGGGACCCUGAAAUCCUUUAACUGACCUCAGCAAAGCGACUGCCCUUCGUUGCCUCUUUCCAUAUCUGCACUCCUCCUUCAUCCAGAAUUUUUUUUCUUGACUCUUUCCAUGGAAGACUCGACGUCCCCGAAGCGAGAAAAAGCAAACCAAGAUCCGAGGGAAGCAGGGCAGCCAUGGGAAGAAGUAACAGCAGCUUCUUCCCAAGGUCUUGAGUCUGGGUUAUCUGAGCCCUUGGAAUUGGAGCAGGGGCUGGAAACUGGACCCCGACCCAGAAGCCCUCCUCAGAGCCCACAGUCCAGAGCCAGCAUCCCUCUGGAUGACCUCACAGGACCAGGUGCAUCAUAUCCACCUUCCCCUCCACAGGAGGCCUCUUACACUCCUUCUCCCCCGGCUCUGGCCAGACAGGACCUUGCAGCGCCAUGGCAGUCAGACAAAACCACUAGUGUGAAUCGCGAAGCUGGGACACCUCACUUCCACCAUUUGGAACAAUCGUCUGAUAAAGGAGAAUCGACUGCUUCUCACACAUUCCAAUCAGAGGGAAGCACCUUCCGACAGUCUCAGCAAACCAAACAUCACCUGUGUGGACCAGAGGAUGUGAACUAUAACAACUCUAAACAAAAAGAGCUGAGAUUUAACAUCUUUCAGGACGAAGACUCAAACAGUAACUAUGAUCUGGAUUACGCUGAACCUGGGGUCUCUGAACUGGCCCCCAGCAUGCUUGAGAUCACCAUUCAGAGUGCUAAGGCUUACCUACAGAAGACUAGUAGCAAGUCUGGCUUAAAUUUGUAUGAUCAUCUUUCUGAUAUGCUCGCCAAGGUCUUAGAUGAGCGUCCGGAAAAUGCUGUGGAUAUCAUUGAAAGUAUCAGCCAAGAUGUGAAGAUGCGACAUUUUAGGAAAAAAUUAGAUACACUCCAAAAUGAGAAUGAGAUGCUUCCAACAUAUGAGAUAACAGAGAAGCAAAGGGCUCUUUUUCUCCAGGGAAAUUUGGAAGGAGCUGACCAAGAACUAGAAGAUGAAAUAGCAGAAAACGCUCUCCCAAAUGUAAUGGAGUCAGCUUUUUAUUUUGAACAAGCUGGAGUUGGUUUGGGCACAGAUGAGACUUAUCGCAUAUUUCUUGCCCUCAAGCAGCUUACUGACACCCACCCCAUCCAAAGAUGUCGUUUCUGGGGCAAGAUCUUGGGUCUGGAAAUGAAUUAUAUUGUAGCUGAAGUAGAAUUCCGUGAGGGAGAGGAUGAAGAGGAUGUGGAAGAGGAAGAUGUAACUGAAGAGAGGGACGAUGCAGAUAGCGAAGCUGAUGAAGAUGACGAAGACCAAUUACCAAGGACCUUUUACAAGACCCCACAGGCUAUACCAAAAGAAGAAAACAGGACGGGAGCCAAUAAAUAUGUGUAUUUUGUUUGCAACGAACCAGGAAGACCAUGGGUGAAGUUACCCUCGGUUACGCCUGCACAAAUUGUUACUGCAAGAAAAAUAAAGAAAUUUUUCACUGGGCGUUUAGAUGCUCCCAUCAUAAGCUACCCACCUUUCCCGGGAAAUGAGAGCAAUUACUUACGAGCACAAAUUGCCAGAAUUUCAGCAGGGACCCACGUCAGUCCUCUGGGAUUCUAUCAGUUUGGUGAAGAGGAAGGAGAGGAGGAGGAAGAGGUAGAAGGCAGACGAGACAGCUAUGAAGAAAACCCCGAUUUUGAAGGCAUCCAAGUGAUCGAUCUCGUGGAAUCCCUAUCCAAUUGGGUUCAUCACGUGCAACACAUUCUGUCCCAGGGCCGCUGUAAUUGGUUUAACCCCAUACAAAAAAGUGAGGAGGAAGAAGAAGAGGAAGAUGAAGAAAAAGAAGAAGAGAAAGGAGAAGAGCCUGACUAUACAGAACAGGAAGUGGGGCCACCUCUUUUGACACCAAUCUCUGAAGAUUUAGAAAUCCAGAAUAUACCACCUUGGACAACACGGCUGUCCUCAAAUCUCAUUCCUCAAUAUGCUGUUGCAGUCCUUAGAUCCAACCUUUGGCCUGGGGCAUAUGCCUUUUCCAAUGGCAAAAAGUUUGAAAAUUUCUACAUAGGCUGGGGUCACAAAUAUAGUCCAGACAACUAUACACCCCCAGCUCUACCACCAGUUUACCAAGAAUACCCCAGUGGAGCAGAAAUUACAGAAAUGGAUGAUCCUACUGUGGAAGAAGAGCAGGCUUUCAGAGCUGCACAAGAAGCAGCUGUUCUUUCAGCUGAGGAAAAUGAAGAAACUGAGGAAGACGAAGAGGAGGAUGAUUAUGACCAAGAAUAAAAUUA